GUCGUCCCCGCGGUGUCUCCGUUGAUUAAAGCGGUGUUCCCUGUAGAGAAGAAGAGCCGGAGCGGGCAGUUGAGCUCCGGCAGCAUCAUCCAUGGCGUCUCCGCUCAAAGUGUGCAUAGUGGGCUCCGGGAACUGGCGCUCAGCCAUCGCCAGGAUCAUUGGAAACAAUGCCAGGUCACUGCAGCGAUUCGCCACCACAGUCAAGAUGUGGGUGUUUGAGGAAAACAUCAACGGCAGGAAGUUGACCGACAUCAUCAACAUGGAGCAUGAAAACAUCAAGUACCUGCCUGGAUACAAACUGCCAGAGAAUGUGGUGGCUGUCCCGAAGCUCUGCGAUGCUGCCGAGGGAGCCGACCUGCUGGUGUUUGUUGUCCCUCACCAGUUCAUCAGGAAGCUCUGUGAUGAGAUGGUGGGCUGCGUCUCCACCAGAGCUCGGGGAAUCACACUCAUCAAGGGGAUAGACGAGGGCCCCGAGGGCCUGAAGCUCAUCUCUGACAUCAUCCGAGAGAAGAUGGGGAUUGACGUCAGCGUCCUCAUGGGAGCAAACAUCGCCAACGAGGUGGCAGCUGAGAAGUUCUGUGAAACCACCAUCGGCAGCAGGAUCCUGGAGAACGGGCUCCUGUUCAAAGAGCUGCUGCAGACUCCAAACUUCAGGAUCACAGUGGUGGAUGAUGCUGACACAGUGGAGCUGUGUGGAGCUCUGAAGAACAUUGUGGCGGUGGGUGCAGGCUUCUGUGACGGGCUGCGGUGCGGUGACAACACCAAGGCGGCUGUGAUCCGUCUGGGGCUGAUGGAGAUGAUAGCCUUCGCUAAACUCUUCUCUAAGAACGACUGUGUCUCCACGGCAACCUUUCUGGAGAGCUGCGGCGUGGCUGACCUCAUCACUACGUGCUACGGCGGCCGCAACCGGCGAGUGGCCGAGGCCUUCGCUAAAACGGGAAAGAGCAUCGAGGAGCUGGAGAAGGAGAUGCUGAACGGUCAGAAGCUACAGGGCCCGGCCACCUCAGCUGAGGUUUACCACAUCCUGAGACAGAAGGGCCUGGUGGACAAGUUCCCGCUCUUCACGGCGGUCUACCAGAUCUGUUUCGAGGGGAGGCCGAUCAACGAGAUGAUCUCCUGCCUGCAGAGCCACCCGGAGCACAUGUGAUCCACCUGGUGGGUCCCACAGACGCUGCUGAAGGGAUUCAUGUUCACACCAAGAUCAGUUUAACAUCAAGUUAGCCUCACUCAGCAUGAAAAGAUAAUGCCUGUCAUCAUUUCACCUAAAACUAAUGUGGACCAAUGGAAACCAAAAACCAGAGCUGCCAGAAUCCAACAGUUUUUUUUAUUUGUUUGUACAAAAGAGGAAACUGCUCUCAGUCGUCGGGUCUGCUGACCUCCUCCAUCCAAACGUGUAGUUUAACAGAGCAGACGUGCGUUUCAGUGCUGCACGGUAGAUAUUUGACACUUCUCAUUAUUUCCUGUAUCUGUCGAAGCCGGUCUCUGAUUGGAGGAAAGCAUUUACAGCGAUCUCCACCUUCCCCUGGCUGGUAUUUUCACAUGGUGCUCCUCAGACGUUGAACUCAAAUCCACCAGCGCCACCCUGUGGUUAAACAGCACAAAACAUCAAGCUGUUGACAUUUUAAAGGAUGAGUCUGGUUUAUUACAACAACAAUCAUUUUUUGGACAUUAUAUUGCCUUUAAUCUGACGGACACAGUGACAGGGAGACGGGAGGGUCAGGGAGAGAGAGAGGGGCCACGGGUGGGACUGGAACCCGGGCCGCUGCUGUGAGGAGUGAACCUGAAUGAUACGCACUCUCCCAGGUGAGCCACCGGGACGUCCUCUAUUACAGCUAUUACUCACAGUCUUGACAUCAGUAACGUUAAUAAGACUGUACUCACCAUGUUAAAGGAAGAUUGUGGAUUUGACCUUUCUGACUGUCGGUCAUGUCCGGCUGUAGAAGCUCUUUGGGUCUCUGAGUUUCCUCCAGCUUCCUGAAUACAAACUCAUUUUACAGGUUUAAAGGUUUGUGAGUCAGACACAAACACAGACGUUAGCUCCUGAGAUUAGCUGCCAGCUAAGAGCUCAGGAUCAACAACAAACAUGUGUUAUUACAGUUUGAUAGACAGCAUCAUGUGCUGCUGCUGUUUCCCACCACAGAUGAACUAAUAACAUGAAUGGAAGCUGAAUCCAGGGCGUGGUACUGUACACGCUGCUCAUUAGGACACCUGUUGGCGCAGAGCCAUGAUUUACUUCUUCAGAUUUGGCACAAAUGUCCACUUGGACUCAAGGAUGAACUGAUUAGAUUUUAGUGGUCAAAGGUCAAAGGUCAAAGUCACUGUGACCUUACACAACCAAACCUUUUUGGCCACAACUCACAAAUUCAUUCACUAAUUAUGACACAAUUGAACUAAAAUGUCUAUGAGGAUAAAAUUAAGUAAUAACAUUUUAUAUCCAAAAGGUCCAAGGUCAACCUCACUGUGACAUCAUAAUGUUCCGCAAAAACAC